AGUCUUCCCAUGAAGGCCAUUCCGCAUACACAGAACACCUCUCUCCAUGGCUAUCCCUAAUGAGGUACAGAAGGGCACUUAAUCUCCAGACAAAGACAUUCUGCUAAUGCUAGAGAGCCGCAAACGGAAGUUUCCUCUGCCUCCUGGAAAUGAAGCCAAGCUUUCUUCUUUCUUCAGCCAUGAGAAUUGCUGUCUUCCUCUUUACUAGUCUCUUCCUUAUGAGCCAAGUUUUACCAGCCAGGGGCAAGUUCAAGGAGGUUUGUGAGCGUCCAAAUGGUUCCUGCCAGGAAUUUUGCAUUGAAACAGAAAUCCUUGUUGGGAAAUGUAUAGAUAGACGACCAUGCUGCCUGCCCAUGGGAAAUCAACCAAGAAUUGAGAGCACAACACCCAACGAGUGAAGCCUUCUGUUUGGAUGUUGGAUAUUCUCUCCCUUUCUCUCUUCUUUCUUCUCUGCUCUGAUCUUCUUUCUCUUUUUUCUCUUCUCUCCUUUCCUCUCUAUCUUUGCUUCUCACAAGGAUUAUUAUUGAGUCAUUGACAAAUAAUAAAGCAAAACUAGCAAACACAA